GGUUGAUUCUAGUCGUACAGUGAGUCUGCUUCAAAAGCAGUGUCCGUGCGUGCGGCUACCGCAUGCGCAGCGCUGAGGACACGUGCGCGAAUGGCAUUCGCGAGGCGGGUGUCUCACAAACGCGGACAUUGCAAGUAAAACAGACUGUAGAAGUUUUUCUUACCUGUUCAUACUCCUGCUUGAGGCAUGUAUUCGCGAGCUCUGCUUUUGUAAGGAAUCGCAAUAACAAGGAAUGGAUU